CUUUGGCGCUGAUAAAGCUGUCACUUUACCUACUGGUUCGCACCCCCAAAGGCUGCAGUGGCUUAUUUCACGCCAUCUACGGUGUCGAUGGGGCAACAAACCACGGACCCGGGAUCGGCUCCGGUUUUUUGGCGCAACAUACACGGGGUCACUUUAGGGUCUCUUAUAGCUGAUCAUGGAUAAGCGAGCCUUUCCAUCCUGAGCGCAUCAGACAUUUGGCUUGGAUAAAUUCUGUUGCGUGCACUGAUCUCUUGCCAGUGGCCAUGACGCCGGGAUUAAUUUCUCUCAUUAAAACCACGGUAGAACAGGCGGUAUAGUAGUUUAAAUAAGCGGUCAGACACUGCGCUUUUGAGCUACAUGUUCAUUCUAGGAGUGUGUUAUGGGUAUUAAGGUCUGCGUGUACUUCCUGUCCCAACCCCAGGGCAUAAACGGGACCGUACUGCGCGUGUUGAUAAACGACGGACAGCAAGGCACAGAUUAGUUGACGUCCAGGAUUUGUAUACUGUAGCACCUGUUAAACCAGGGAAGAGGACUCUGAGUGUUCCCGGCAGUGUAAUAAUGAUUGCUAUAGCCUGUCUGGUACAUUUAAGGUCUAGAAAUGAGCGAUAACUUCACUCAGCUUGCCAGUAGUGGUUAUGCAGACCAAAUGCGAGAGAUACUGUGAGGUUGAUCCGUUCACGUUACAAUAAAGGUGGCUAUGUGGACUUUCUGUCGCCUGUUCAAGAGAGAUCCGAGGAUUUCGUAUUUUGAAGGACUUGGCUUCCUGAAGCGCAACCCGUAUUGUAGAAUUAUAUCAAUUUUCUGACGAAACUUUGCAGUAGCUUAUAUUUAAUUACAGAAUUGCAAAUUAGUUCCACAUUAAGUUUUAGAAAAAAGAAUGAGAACAGUCUUUUUAAAACAAACAAAAAGGUUUCCAUGGAUAGCAAACGUAACCUUGUACGGAUGUCUGUUUGCUGGCGGGGACCUGGCGCACCAGUGUAUAGCCCAAAGAGAGGAAAUUGACUGGAAUCACACGCGGAAUGUCGCUGUAGUGGCUUUCAGUUUUCACGGCAACUUUAAUUACUUCUGGUUGCGGGGUUUGGAACGACGUUUCCCCGGAAGAUCCGCCAGCAUGCUCCUGCGAAAACUGCUCUUGGAUCAAACGAUCGCAUCCCCGUUAGCGACUAGCGUGUUCUAUACAGGGGUAAGUUUCCUCGAGGGUAAGGAGGACGUUCUCGCAGACUGGAGGGACAAAUUCCUAAACACUUACAAGACUGGACUCAUGUACUGGCCAUUUAUGCAGUUCCUGAACUUCGUGCUGGUUCCGCUGCACCUGCGGACGGUGUUCAUGGGCUGCGGCGCCUCCCUGUGGGCCGCGUUCCUGUGCUUCUCGCGGGAGCGCGGUGACGGCACGGCCGCCGCCGCCAUGGCCUGGCUCCUCUCGCCCCGCGCCAGGCUCCCGCCUCGGGACGAUCGCGAGGAGAAGUGAUGCGCUCGUGCUGCGGAACAGAAAGUGCAGCAGGUUGUGCCUUUGUCUGUGGAAAGAUGCCUGAAAUCCAUGCUUUGUCCUGUGGAAGCUAAGGUCAUGAACCCUUCCUGCUUUACUCAAAUUUGACUAAUAAAGUCAAGCAGCUGCUGUGAUUUGGUAUAUCCCUGGUCAUACCUACACACUGCGUUUGAAGUCGCUGUUCAUCAGAUUGGUGAAAUGGGGAAAUGACAAAAAAAAAAAACAAAUAUAUAUAUAUAUAUAUAUAUACACUUAAUUCCUUGAUCCUUCUUAAAUGUACAGUAUGUAAGUUUAGACAAAUGAGCAAGUGAGAACUAGAUUUUGAAAAAAAUGAUCCACCACCUCCCAACUCCUCCCCUCAGCUCUCCCUCCAAAGCCUCUCCCUCCGAUAUCUGUCAGGAUGUGAAGGAAAUUUAACCAAAUAUGAACAAAUGUUCUUUAAAAAAAAAAGAUAUAUUGCUGUUAGACUAAAUUAAAUCAUUUGCUUCUUGCUUAAAGCCACCUGCCUGAAGUCUGUAUCAUUGAUUUAUUUACAGCAUUAUGACCAACAACAGUCAUAACAACAGCAACCAUGACAACCAUAGCCAUAACAAAACCAGACAAUCAUUAUCUUAAUGUCUGUUGAAAGAAAAACAGGAGAGGCUGUUCGUUUUUAUUGACUUCUUGGACAAAGCACGUAUCAAGGGUAUAUUAUAUAGGUGGGUAGUUCAAGGAUGAAAAAAUAAAACUGCUGUCUGUUACUUGAAAUGUUUAUUAAAACACAAUAGGUUGCCAUUGAACCAGGUACCUUAUACACAAACAGACAGUAUAUCAAGUCGCCCAUAGCGGAAUAGAGCAGCACGUUCUGUGUAUUGCUGUUACAUCAGCACUUGUCUCAUAGAAAAGCUUGGUGUUUAAGUGGAGGGCACGUAAUAUAAUUGUAUAAUGUGUAGUUGCGGUCAACCAAUUAGGUUCUGAUGAUACUUUUAUUUAGUCUUUGAGCACUAACCAGAAAGAUACAUAUGGUACAUGGCCAAAUAUGUGUGGAUACCUGACAUCCAGCAUCUUAUUAUGGGAAUUAAUAUGGAGUUAGUCCACCCCUUGCUGCUAUAACAACCUCCACUCUUCUGGGAAGGCUUUUUCCUAGAUGUUGGAGCAUUGCUGCAGGGAUUUGCUUCUAUUCAACCAGAAGAGUAUUAGUGAGGUUGGGCACUGAUUGGGCAAUUAGGUCUGGUUCGCAGUUGGUUUUCCAACUGAUCCCAGAGGUGUUGGAUGGGGUUGACAUCAGGGCUCUGUGCAGGCCAGUCAAGUUCUUCCACACCAAUCUAGACAAACAUUUUUGUAUGGACCUUGCUGUGUUCCUGGGGGCAUUGUCACACUGAAACAGGAAAGGCCCUUUCCCAAACUGUUGCCACGAAGUUGGAAGCACAGAAUCAGUUAGAAUGUCAGUGCAUUAAGUUUUCCCUUCUCUGGAACUAAGGGGCCUAGCCCAAACAUGAAAAACAGCCCUGAACCAAGUGGUGUCCGCAUACAUUUGGUCAUAUAGUGUAUUCAUGAUAUCUAACAAAGUGGCAAAAGAUAAAAAUCAUACCUCAUAAUUGUAGCCCAAAAAUAAUCCUGUUCGAGAACAAUUGCCCGUGCAGACUUUGGUGUGUUCAUUGGAAGUUGCAAGAUCCACAGAAAAGUGGUAAGGAUUAGUGGUGAUCUAUUUAACUCUCUCUUUGUGUUUUUGUUUGUUCACAUUUUUAGCUUUGUGAAUCUGCCAACAUCUGUACUCGGUGUAUUUUUGUGGAAUAGUCUGUGGAGAAUUUUAAAGUACAAAUUGUAAAAAUUGGUCAGUGGUGACAAUGUUCUGAGUGCAAUUUGGCACAUAUCUCGGUCUGUGUACAGUCAAAUUUGACUGAAGAGGUUAAGCAGCUGGUGUACCUUUGGUUAUACCUAUGCACUGCAUUCGAUGUCACUGUUCAUCAGAUUAGUGAAAUGGGGAAAAAACAAAUGCACUCUUAUAUCCUCAACCCAAGGAUAAGACAUAUUGCAGCUAGACUGAAUAAAGCCUGUUGAUUUUUCUGCG